AUGUGUCUUGAAUCCUCAUACAUUUUCUUACCAGUCUCGUCUGUUUUGUCUUUGGUCCAUACUCCUAAAUGUUCCCACGUGCACUUCUCCAUGGCGACUUUGGGAAACACAUCUACAGGUCUUCAUUAUUCAGUCCCUUCCUGUCAUUAUGGAAACCAACAGUCUACCUAUGGGGUGAUGGCAGGCAUCAAGCCUGCAACCCCAGAGAUGUUAUCAGCAAGUCUCUCCCAGAGUCGCAUUUUACAGACCUGCAGCAUGCCCCAUCCCAACGUGGUGAAUGGAGUCAGCACUCUGCAAGGCAAGGCCUUCUCUUGUGGCCUGACCCCUUGCCUUUAUAAAUUCCCUGAACAUGCUCUGAGUGCCAGUUCCUGUGCUCUGGGGCCUGGCUUCACUCCCAUGCACCAGUCUAUCCUUGGAGAUGAUCCCACAGCCACUGACUUCAAGCAGGAAUUCCGCAGAAAAACCAAGUCUGUUGAAGAGCCAAUAGACAUGGAUUCCCCUGAAAUCAGGGAACUGGAAAAGUUUGCCAAUGAGUUCAAACUGAGGAGAAUUAAGCUAGGCUACACACAAACAAAUGUUGGAGAAGCCCUGGCUGCUGUGCAUGGCUCUGAGUUCAGUCAAACAACCAUUUGCCGAUUUGAAAAUUUGCAGCUAAGCUUCAAGAAUGCCUGCAAACUGAAAUUGAUAUUAUCCAAGUGGCUGGAAGAAGCAGAACAAAUAGGAGCUUUAUACAAUGAAAAAGUUGGCGUGAAUGAGCGGAAAAGAAAGCGCAGAACCACCAUAAGCAUUUCUGCUAAAGAAGCUCUAGAGAGAAACUUUGGGGAACAAAGUAAGCCUUCUUCUCAAGAGAUUAUGAGGAUGGCUGAGGGGCUUAACCUCGAGAAGGAAGUUGUGAGAGUUUGGUUUUGCAACCGAAGACAAAGGGAAAAGAGAGUGAAGACAAGUUUACACCAGAACACCUUUAGUUCCAUUAUGAAGGAGCAUCAUGAGUGCCGGUAAAGUUUCUUGUGCAUAGUUGAGGAUUUCUGGGCCUUUAAGAUUUUUUUUUUUUUAAAGCAUUGUCGGUUUGAACAGAAACAUUUGUUUCCUCUAUAAGUUAAUUUUAACUGUAACAUAUCUUCAGUGGGCUUGAUUUUAAUGUAAAAGAUUGGAAACAUUGUUACUAUAUGUAUUUGUGUAGGGGAGACUGUUGCUUAGCUGUCAACUAUUCAAUCUGCAUUAGUUGAUUGUUAAAAAUUUCACAGUAAGUACUAUUCAUAUACCAUGCCUUUCUUGCAUCCACAAUACACUCACUAGUUAAUGUGAACUUUACCCAAAAGAUCUGGAAUGAAAUCUUUUGUGUUAAAUAUAAAGAAGUUACUUAUUGGAACUGUAGCAUGUGAAAGAACUUGUGUGCUGUGCCCCUCACUCACCCAACAGCAAUGAGCUUCACAAACCUAGAAAAGCUACAGCUGUUGGGACCACAGAAGUGCCCCUUCACAGCACCAAACAUUUAGAGCCGAGGGAUGAGGCUGUGAGAUCAGUGGCUCGUCCUCCUGCUAAACUUCAGCAUCACUGAAGUCUGAGGAAGGUGACCGGGUAAUUGAGACAGUUGCCCGUCUUAAAAAACUGCUUAAUGCAAACAGCCUUUCUUCUUUAAAGCGGCCUCUACAUCUUCCCUCUUGUGGACUCUAGCUGGUAAUACAAUCCCAUGAAGGUGGGCUAAGUUCUAUUAAGCAAAGACUGAAUAACUGCCCUCCCAAAGAGAGCAUCAAAUGUAGCAGCUUGGCAGAUUUCUAGGAUGGAAACAUUACAGAGGCAUUCUGGCUGCUGCCUUAGCCCUGAUACAAUGAGCUUUAAGACCCUUGAGAUACUGACACCUUUGCUAAUGUGUAACAUUUCUCAAUACACAGCCAAUCCAUUUAGACAGGUGCUGAGCAGAAAUGGCAUUCCCUUUACGCUGAUCGCCAAAGGCUACAGAAAGUCUUGCUGACUUUCUAAAUGCUUUAAACCUAGUUAAAUCAAAACUCAAGUAUAAACUCAUUUUCCCUUGGGGAGGAUGAGGUUUAGAAAAGAACAGGCAGAAAUCAUUAUUUCUAGUCCUCUCUUCUCCUGUCCUACAGAGAUGACAAAAUGAUUUCAUAGCUCCACCCCCAGGAAACCAGGGAUUAAGGGGAGUUGGAAUAAUGUGAAUUCAUCACUCAAGGGACGGGUGGU